CUGGUGGUGUCGUUAAACAAAACAAACUUCCAACUAAUUAGCGCUGUGGUCCUUAACCAUAUAUGUCCAACCGUAAUUAAAAUGUGUUGAGUGCGUUGUUAAAUAAAACAUGUCUUUUUUCCAUCACUCUGGGUACGAGCCAUGUGUAUGACUCACCACAAUUAUGACCAGUUUAUUCCAUAAGUGACAGGAAUAAAUUAACCAUAAUUUUCAUCAAGCUACACAAUAAUGCAUAAGUUUGCUGCUCUGUUCUAGUUGCUCGUGAUGUAUACAUUCUUAAAACGAUUGCUUUGACGGGAAAUGAUCCCAUAAGUUCGUCGACGAGGUUUGAUCUUGCUACCGAUCAUAUAACACCACUGACCCCGAUUACUGAGCUAGAUAUAGGCCUACUGCACCAGGAGAAUCGGAACUAGCAAAUACUUGGUUAAUGAAACUUUAUAGAUCUACCGUACAAUUCAAACUGUAUCGUUGUUUAAAUACAUGAUGGUGAUUAAAGACGCACAACAAUGUUUGAACCAUUACCAACAUGUUCCAGCACCAGCGUUCUUUUGUAAAGCUGCCUGGGAUCUGGUGACUUGCUGGCCUCCGACGAAACCAGGAACUGUUACCAAGCAACCCUGUCCGCCAUUAAUAGGCUUGGACACUUCGAAAUACGUUUACAGAAUGUGUCUGGACAACGGAGAGUGGUACAGCAGUGACGAAACGGGCACGGCGGGGUACUCGAAUUACAGUGAAUGUUUCUUAAAGAACAACGGACCACUUUCACAAAAUAAUCAGUACAUUACGACAAAGGAGGAUUUGGAGCUCGUCAAAGUAACCGAAGAUGCGAUUGGAUUAUCUGCACUUUCGGUUACUCUUAUUGCCCUUUUUGUAUCGCUCGCUCUGAUUACGUUUUGUGUAUCCCAGAGGACCAAUCGCCGAAUCGUUCUCGUUCCCCUGUUUGUUUCGGCCUUGCUCGAAUCGACGGCAUCUCUUAUCCACAUCCGGCUGCCGGAAAUCGCCCAGCUAGCCGAAGACGCCAUCGCGUGUCAGGCUACGGCGUUUCUGACUCGGUUCUUUGGGCUGGCGUUCUACGCGUGGAUUCUCGUCCUCGCCCUGUACUACUUCUUCCGAGCUUGUCACUGGACCAUCGAGACCGACCACGUGCUGAUCAUGUACCUACUGGGAUUCGGAGUCCCCGCCAGUUUCACUCCACUCUGGAUGGCGACUGUCAGAUACGUGAUGCCGGACUCCAAGAUUCAGUGCCAGCUGGAUACUGCGCACGCAACGCGGUGGAUAACAGAAGGACCGAAACUGGCGUGUCUGUUUGCCGCCGCUGUCAUGUUUACAACGGCCCUCGUCAUCGUGGUGACGACGCACAACAUUCCAGCUAAGAUGCAUAACAUGUCAACUAAGACGCACAACAUUUCAGCAAGUCGGAACUCGCAUUUUAGAAGGUACCUCAGACAUUGUUGUGUCCGCGAACUUGUCCUGGUUCUGUAUCUGGCUCCAGUUGAAGCGUUUACGUGGAUUACAGCUCUUUCGAAGAUGAGCGACUCUGGCGAGGUGGCCGUCGGGUACCUAAAGGUGGCGCUGUACAACGUCAGAGGCCUCGUUCUGGCCCUUGUCGUCUGUUUCCUAGAUCUGGAAUUGUGGGGCUGUUGCAGACGACCAAUCUUAGUUACGUGAUUUGUAAAGUGAUACACCCUAAACAGAUUUUAACACUACGGCAAAGCUUUCACUAUUAAGAGCCGAUUCUGACUAUUAACAUCAGACAUUACUUAGAUUUUGUUGUUUAGAUUAUCCAUUUCUGUACAUCUGAAUUAAGUGUUUAUGGGCAUCCUAUUGUUUCUAAUAGCCUACCACAAAAUAAAUUUUUCAUAUAAAUAAAAAAAACCCACACGUAUGUUAAGGCCCAUUUUGGAAUGAACGACCUAUUCUGUAAUGAAACUAGGUGCCCAUUCUGUAAUAACUUUGGGCCCAUUUAAAAGUAGGCUAGCCAACUUAGUUGCCCAUAUUGUAAUAAAAAAAUAUCCAUUCUGUAAUAAAUGUUUAAAACGUUA